CUCAACUCAUAUUAUUAAUAUAUAAAUAUAUAUAUUUAUAUUUUAAAUAAUAAUUCAUUUUAUCGGAAAUGGAAUCGAAUAAAAAAAAAUUUUCUAUCCUGGAAUUAUAAUGGAAAAAAAAUUAAUUGUCAAUAUAUAUAUGAAUGUAUAUAUGAAUAUAUAUGUAUAUAUGAAGAUAUAAUAGUUAAUUAUUGGUAUAUAAAUCUUCAGAGAUAACGAAACGAGACAAGAUUGUCAGUGUAAUAAAUGUACAUUCAGUUCGAGACUUUUAAUUGUCGCGGUUGUUAAUUUUGACAUUUUUUUUUUUUGUGAAUUUUUUUUUUUUUUAUUUUUUGUUUAUUUGGGUUCGGUGGAUUAUUGUUACUGUGAUAAGUAAAUAUUUUUAUGGAGUGAUAGUGGGGCUGGAUCAUGGAAAUGGAAAUGAUGGAGGAUAAGGACAAGGGAAAUGUGGUCGAGCCGAUGCUAAUUAAGAGCACGAAGACUUUAAUUGAGGGAAAAAAAUUUUUUCAAUAUACAUCGACGCUUAUUGCGGGACUGAUGUCAAUGCAAGCAGGAAUGAAUUUAAGCUGGACCUCCCCAGUGGGCCCGUACCUGACAUCAGAGACCUCAUUCCUGAUCGACAUGACGGACAACAAAAUGUCCUGGGUCUGCGCACUGAUGGCCCUGGGCGCCAUAGUGGGGGCGGUUCCCGCAGGGAAGGUCGCGGACAAAAUAGGCCGGAAGUCAACGAUAAUAAUAACCGCGAUUCCCUUUUUGAUUUCCUGGCUGAUGAUAAUCCUGACCCGGGACCUGGUCAGCCUCUACGUCGCCCGAUUCAUCGGCGGGAUCGGGGCCGGAUCCGCUUGCGUCUUAGUCCCAGUUUACAUCGGUGAGAUCUCGGAGCCUUCAAUCCGCGGGGCCUUGGGGUCCUUCUUCCCCCUCCUUUUUUCCACCGGCGUGGUCUUUGUCUACGUGGUCGGGGCCUACGCUGACUACAUGGCCUUCAAUAUUUCCUGCUGCCUAACCCUAGUCCCCUUUGUUUUGAUCUAUUUCUUGCCCGAGUCUCCAAUGUGGUUGGUUCAAAAUGGCCGCAUAGCAACAGCGGAACGCUCGCUUCGGACUUUGCGCGGCAAAGACUACGAAUUUAAAAAAGAAAUAUCGAUUUUGCAGGAAGAGGCAGACAGAGUCGAGAGCAGGAAGGGCGGAAUUAGAGAUUUGAUCGGUACAAGAGCGGGCAGAAAGGCUCUGGGGACUUGCGUGGGCCUGAUGUGGUUCCAGCAAAUGUGCGGCAUCGACGCGGUUCUGUUCUAUACCGUGAAAAUAUUCAAAGACGCGGGCAGUACAGUGAAUCCCUUCAUUGCCACGAUCAUUAUUGGGAUCAUCGAGGUCAUAAUGGCGGUCGUGGUCGCGUCUGUGAUCGACAAAUUUGGGCGCAAGCCUCUGCUGGUCAUCUCGGGAACUGCGAUGACCAUUUGCUUGGCGGUCCUGGGCUACUACUUCAAGUUGCAGGCAGAAAAAGUGAACCUCGAAUCCGUGGGGUGGCUUCCGUUGACCUCCUUGGCCCUUUUCAAUGUCGUCUUCAGUGUCGGCUAUGGGUCGGUACCUUUUGCGGUAAUUUCGGAACUUUUUCCACCGGAAACUAAGGGCGUCGCUAGUAGUCUCAGUAUUAUGGUCAACUGGAGUCUGGUUUUUGUGGUGACGAAAUUUUUUCCCAGUAUGGUAGACGCUACGGGACCGGAUGUUACCUUUUGGACAUUCGCAAGUAUGGCGGCGAUGUCGGCGGUCUUUGCGUUUUUCUUUGUGCCCGAAACAAAGGGAAAAACUUUGCAAGAGAUUCAGACAAAGUUAUCGAUACAUAAAAUUAAGCAAAUUAUAUGAAUGUAGUAAUUUUUUUUGUAAUUUGUGUUAAUAGAAAUUUUAUUAUUUAAUGUGUAUAUAUUGUGUUAAAUUAUUUAUAUAUCGAUAUAUCGAAAUUUGUAAUCGAUAUAUCGAAUGGAACUUUGAUUUAUCGAUAGUUAAGUUUGAUAUUUUUUAUAAAAAUUUUUUGGAUUUUAAAAAUCGAUAUUUGAAAAAAAAUCGAUAUAUCGAAUCUAGUAGGCGAUUUAAGACAAUAAAUAAUCGAUAUCUCGAAGAUAAGUUCGAUAUAUAGAAUGUAGUGAUUGAUAUAUAAAAAUAAAUUGAUGUCAAAUUUAAAUAAUCGAUAUUUUUUUACGAAAUAUCGAUGUAUCGAAAAGACGAUAGAUCGAUUACGUAAUGCAAAUUCGAUGUAUCGAAUCGAUUAUUUAUAUGAAAUAUAAGCGUAUUGAAAAAAUCGAUAUCGAUAUCGAUCUAUCGAACCAAUAAAAAAUCGAUGUAUGGAAAUAGAUUUUUAAGAAAUCGAUAUAUCGAAUUAAAACUAAACGAUAAAUCGAUAUUUUAUAGUAAAAAUCGAUUCCAUAAUCGAUGUAUCGAAUUAAUUAAAAUUCCAUGUAUGGAAUUCGAAAAUUAAAAAAUCGAUAGAUCGAUUCCUAAAUCAAUGGAUCGAAUGUUAAAAAAUCGAUAGAUCGAAUCAGUAAAAUUUAAGUAUAUGGGAAUCGAAUGUUAGAAAAUCGAUUUAUCGAAUAAAAAAUACUCGAUAGAUCAAUCCCAAAAUCGAUGUAUUGAAUGUUAAAAAAUCGAUCUAUCGAAUAUAAAAAAAUCGAUGGAUCGAAUCAGUAAAAUUCUAGUAUAUGGGAAUCGUAUGUUAAAAAAUCGAUUUAUCGAAUAUAAAAAAAUCGAUAGAUCGAUCCCAAAAUCGAUGUAUCGAAUCAAUAAAUCAGUGUAUGAAAAUUAAAUAUAAAAAAAUCGAUAUCUCGAAUUAAAUAUCGAUAUAUCGAAAAAAAAUCGAUAUAUGGAACCCAACUCGAAAAAAUCGGAUGCCGAUUUUUAAAAAAAUUCUACAUAUCAAUAAAAAUUUAAAAAAUUGAGUUAAAUCUAAAAAAAGCGCAUAAAUUAUUAUUAUUAUUAUUAUUUGAAUGUUUUUUUAAACUGCCACUUGCCAAAACGAGUCGUACAAUCCAGUUGUGUUUGUUAUGUCGUACACAUCAUUUAAUGUUAAAAAAUAGUCCAAUUGAUUGUCUAUGUAAUUUCGGUAACCAGUGUACAUUUUACGUAUUACUUUGUAUUAUUAUUAUUAUUAUUAUUAUUAUUGUAUUAUUAGCAUACACUCGUUGUAUUUACAAUAAAACACUUUUUAUUA